AGAAGCCAGAGAUGGCAUGCACCAGGUGCCAGACUUCUACUGCUAGGUCAUAGUGCCAAGAGUAUAUUUAGCAGAAAGCAAUACAUAAGUCUCUACAUAAUCUAUUUCAUUCAAGAACUAGGUAUUUUCAGGAAGGGAUAUUCUAGCGGUGACCUGCAAAACAUUGUGCUUGGGCUACUCAGCGCACUACUCACUUUAUGCAGACAUCAGCCGCAGCCCAGCCUUCAUACAGCACAGAUAGCGGAUUGGCACUAUUAAAUACUUUCAAGUAGGCGCACCAGCACAAGCGAAAGCAACUCUUCACCAGCCCACCUUUCUAAACGAAGCCUGUAAUUGUGCUCGUGGGAUGGCAUGCCUGAGUUCCGGAUAGAUUUUGCCCCGGGUGAGCCCCACGUAGCACUACGAAAAAAAGGCAUCACCUAUUACGUGCCGUCGCUUUUCCACAUGUCACUCACAUACCAACACACCGUGCCGUUGUUCAUUGCCGAUGUACUCCGAUCAACCGAUCCCUUGAAAAUCUACGGCCAGAACGCCUUGCAUUUGGGCAAGGAAGGCUGCUUUCUAAUCAAGAACCACCCGUUCAAAACGUUCACAAUCAUGGGCAGAAUGAUGCUGUUUGAAAGCCACGAGGUCCCGGGAAGAAGCGGGGCUGACAGCUACCAGUUUCAUGUUCUAUACAUCGAUGACUUCCUGGGAGAAAACCUGACUCUCCGCGUCAAGAUUGAAGCCCAUCUUAUUCCAGCAGCUUCGUUGGAGAAAAAUGACCUUUUGCUCAAGAUUUCUGGCUCUUUGGGAGCCUUCAAUGGGAAGAAGCAAAUGCUGGCCACUGAAGUGGUGAUUCGCGGUGGGCACCAUGAUAUUGCAAUCGAAUUGGCCUGGUGGACUGCGGUGCUCGAUAGUAGAAAGUACAUCGAGCAGCCCUGGCGAUAUUUCCCUCCCAAGGCGACGAUAGCUGAGCCAACCAUGCCAAAGACUAUAUUUGAGUAUAAAGACGCGCGCAAAAGACAAGAAAAACGGAGAAUUUUGGUAUCCUCCUGCGAGAAAACCAGACGGUCCACCUUGGGGACUGGCACCUUUAAUAACGCUAUGGACUCUUUUGUGAUUCACAAGGAUAUGAGUCCAAGCCUCAACCGAUCAAAUUCGGGCUCUGAACUGUCUGCCGUCUCCAGGGACCAACUACAGGAUGUAAGCCAUUGUUUUCGCAGAUGAAAGUGAACCAGCGUGAUCAACAAAGGCUCCUCUGAUUAAAAAUGAGGCAGGCGCUGGCGCCUUGUAUAAACGCUUCAAGAACCGCGACACAGCUUAGUCUUUUUGGGAUUUGAAAAAUUCAAAUUGUUAUCAGUUCACUUCACUUCUCUUUGGCACCCUCGAGAAUAAUAGCAGAAAGGAAGCUUCAAGAGAGUAGAAGCCCAUUUAUGUAUCUCGUCAUCGUAUGCUUUGAUACGGCUAUUAUGCAGAUGUUGCAAAAGCAAUGCUCAAAGAAAGAAUAAUACCAGCUCAUUAUUUGUAAGUAUAGGUUUAAUAUCACAACCCUAUUAAGUUGAUCUGUUACACCCUUUGGACCAGGAAUAACAAUAACAGAUCAAGAACAUGGUUUGAUUUCAACUUUAGCUAUGCAUGAGUU